AUGCAAAGCAGUUCUCAUCUAAAAAAAUCUUCUGAAUGUUUUUUUGGUUUUUUGAACGUCUGCAUGGACUUCUUUUUGGCUGGUAUGGAAACAACAUCAACAACUCUGAGAUGGAGCACCUUGUUGUUGGCUGCUCAUCCUGAUGUGCAGCGCAAUCAAGAACUCCAGCGAUGUGCAAACAUUGUUCCCGUGAACCUUACCCACAGGGCAGUCAGAGACACAUCCGUUGGAAGCGAGAAAAUCCCGGCCGACACUUUUAUAAUCGGCGACAUCCAUUAUAUCAUGGCACAUUCACCUAAAACUGUCGAACAACUUUGCCCUUUCUCCGUGGGAAAACGACAAUGUGCUGGAGAAGCGCUGGCCAGGGUUGAGCUCUUUAUUGGUCUCGUCACCUUGCUUCAGAAUUACAAGAUAGAGCCAUCAAAGGGACGCACAAUAGAUUUGCAGCCAAAAUCCGAUGGUGUUAUCGUUCCAAAGGAGCAACCUCUGCGAUUAACUCCUGUCGCACAAUAG